AUGACACCGAGCCCCUGGAUGCGGGAGAGACCACUGCCUAGAAGGACCAUUGCCCAGAAGGACCACUGCCCAGAAGAACCACUGCCCAGAAGGACCACAGCCCAGAAGGACCACUGCCCAGAAGGGCCACUGCCCAGAAGGACCACUGCCCAGAAGGACCACUGCCCAGAAGGACCACUGCCCAGAAGGACCACUGCCCAGAAGGACCACUGCCCAGAAGGACCACUGCCCAGAAGGACCACUGCCCAGAAGGACCACUGCCCAGAAGGACCACUGCCCAGAAGGACCAUUGCCCAGAAGGACCACUGCCCAGAAGGACCACUGCCCAGAAGGACCACUGCCCAGAAGGACCACUGCCCAGAAAAACCACAGCCCAGAAGGACCACUGCCCAGAUAAACCACAGCCCAGAAGGACCACUGCCAAAAAGGACUACUGCCAAGAACGAUUUCCUUCGUCGUUUCAUUAAUUUCAAAUUAAAGCGAAAU